AUGCAUAAUAUCGCAUUUACGUCUCUUAGUGCGUUAUUGUCAAUAGGCAGUGCAUUUGGUGGUCAAAUUCCCGGAUUUGGGGAUUUUCAGCGAGGUAUCUCUGCUGCACAGAGACCUAAAGAGUUCAUCGCCUCUGGUACUCCAGUUAUAUCUAAUGUAACAACACCUGGAAAGCUACGGGUCGUUGAGAACUCUGGAAUAUGUGAAACUACCCCCGGCGUCUAUCAGGCAUCCGGAUACGGUGACAUAUCGGCAUCAGAUAGCAUAUGGUUCUGGUUUUUUGAAUCUCGAAAGAAUCCGAAAAAUGCGCCCCUCGCACUUUGGUUCAACGGAGGACCCGGUUCCUCCAGUAUGAUCGGUCUUUUCCAAGAACAUGGCCCAUGUCGGAUCACAAAUGACAGCCUUUCCGUAGCCCAUAAUCCCUUUUCCUGGAACAACGAAGCCAAUGUUCUAUAUAUCGACCAACCGAUCGGAACUGGGUUUUCAUACGGGGAUGCUACUGUUGGCACCUCACAAGAAGCAGCUGCUGAUGUUUGGUCUUUCUUGCAAAUCUUCUUGACAGAUAAGAGGUUUUCCCAUUUAAAAACGAAUAAACUCGCCUUGUGGGCGGAGUCCUAUGGAGGACACUAUGCUCCCGUAUUUGCGGCUCACUUCCUCAAGCAGAAUGAAAAAAUCCUGGCUGGCAAGGCUUCGGGGACGAUAUUAAAUUUACAAGUGCUCGGAAUCGGGGAUGGAAUUACGAACCCGCUGGUUCAAUAUCCUGGCUAUCUUCAAUACUCAGCAUUCAACCCAUACCACUACCCACUAGUUGACGAGUCGGUGCUGGCUGCUGCUAAUGAUUCGUGGAAUGAACCUGGGACUGGCUGCCGAGAUAUGUUGAUCGCAUGCAAUGGACCCAACGGAACCAACACAAUAUGCUCUGCAGCCCAAGAUGUUUGCAACGACAAUAUCCUGUAUCCAUUAGUAGGCGUGUUUGAUCCCUACUAUAUCCCAUCUUUGUGGCCUGAUUCGUACCCACCCCCGCUCGAAGAGUAUAUCAAUGACAUAGCACCAACUAUUGGCGGCCUAGUACCUUGGAUUCAGAACAGUGAAUUUGUCUACACCAACUUUGCUGCAACUGGUGACUGGAUGCGGAACUCUAGUCCCGAUCUCGAGUUUGUCAUUAACUCUGGGGUCAGGACAAUUAUAUAUGACGGAGACGCAGACUAUAUCUUGAAUUUUAACGGCGUAGAAGCCAUGGUUGACGACCUGAAGACAAUUUGGUCCCCGAUUUACAAGACACAAAAAUUCAAAACCUUUUCCGUUCGUGGAGAGGAGACAGGUAUAUACAAGAAUGCUGGGAGAUUCUCCUAUGUGCGGAUCUUUGGAGCGGGGCACGAAGUACCCGCCUAUAAGUACGGUAAUUUGGAUUACGGAGAGGCUGCUGCACAGAUGUUCACUCAAAUUAUGCGUGACGAGAGUCUCUCAAGCACCUAG